AGCGGGAUCGGUCAAUUAAAUAUUUCAAAAUGAUUACAUUCAAGAACAGUCCAAUGACACGGAUGAAAACAGAUGAGGAAGUGAUAGAGUCACUAUUUUCUAAGGAAGAACGUUUGGAAACUUAUCCAUCAAUUCCUGAAUUUUACAAUGAUCAGGAAAUUUUCAUUACUGGAGGUUCAGGAUUCAUUGGUAAAGUAUUGAUUGAAAAAUUGCUAAGAUCAUGUCCAGGCAUCAAAACAAUUUACAUCUUGUUAAGACCAAAGAAAGGAAAAGAUAUUGAAGAAAGGCUGAAUGCAAUUACAAAUCUAGAACUUUUCGGGCCACUGAAACAGCACAAUCCAAGCGUAUUUACAAAAUUAGUGCCUGUUGAAGGUGAUGUCACUGAAUUACAAUUAGGGCUGAGCAAUAAUGACUUGGAUAAAAUGAAAAACGUGUCAGUGAUUUUCCACUCAGCAGCAAGUGUUAGAUUUGAUGAUUCACUAAGAUAUGCUAUAAUGAUGAACACCAGAGGAACUAGAGAAAUUAUGAGAUUCGCUGAGACCUUAAAAAAUAUCAAAGUAGUCAUGCACGUGUCAACAACUUACAGUAAUCCUAAUCGUCGAAUUGUAGAGGAAGAAGUCCAUUCAGCACCUGUUGAUUGGAGGAAAGCAAUUGAAAUUUGCGAAAAGGUCAAUGAUGAUUCUUUAAACUCAUUGACUCAGCUGUAUACAGGCUUUAUGCCCAACACUUAUGUUUUCUCAAAGAGUCUUGCUGAGCAUGUAACUGAUGAUUAUAAGGAAAAGUUGCCGGUUGUAAUUUUUCGUCCUUCGAUUGUCAUAUCAGCUAUUAAAGAACCACUUCCUGGAUGGGUUGACAAUUUUAAUGGACCUGUUGGACUUCUUGUUGGAUCUGGCAUAGGAAUUGUUCGUACAAUGUACAGUAAUCCUGACAAUCGAUGUGAUUUCUUACCUGUUGACUUGUGUGUUAAAGCAAUGAUAAUUGCAGCAUGGAAGAAAGGAGUGGAGCAAACUAAUUCGAUUCCAGUGUACAACUGUGCCUCAUAUAAUGUCGCAACAUUGAAAAUUCAACAAAUAAUUGAUAUUGGAAAAUGCCUCUGUGCCUUAACUCCACUUGAUAACAUGUUAUUCAUACCCGGCGGACAUAUUACGAAAAAUCGUUACUCGAAUUAUGUAAAAAUGAUUUUCUACCAGUUGCUGCCUGCAUUAAUUAUCGACGGUAUACUGAAGCUCAAAGGUCAUAAACCAUUUAUGACAAAAAUCCAAAGGAAAAUUUACGAGGCAAACUUGGCACUGAAAUAUUUCGUCAUGAAUGAAUGGAUCUUUAAGAAUGAUAACUUCCUGACUCUUUGUUAUAAGGUUAAGCUAACAGAUAUAAAGGAUUUUGAUUAUAGCGAUAGUCUUAAUCAUGAUGCUAUCUUGUAUAUGAGAAUUGCAAUGAGAGGUGUAAGGAAGUAUCUUAUUCAUGAUAACCUGGACAAUGAUGAGAAAAAUCGAAUGAAAUAUAAGUUCCUUAAAGUUAUCCAUACCAUUUUGUGUUCGAUUCCUUACAUUUUACUGUACUAUGUCUUGAAACUUUUGUUUGACAAGUUUUGGACUCAAUAAGAGACAGCUUUCAUAAAUCUUAAGCUACUCAAAAGGGUUAACAUGUUGAAAAAUCAAGCUUUUACUAUGAAAUCUUCUAGAAGCUUCUUUCUUCAACAAAAUUGAGGAAAGAGUCCAUUUUAAAUUCAAAAAAGUUAAAUCACUAUUGAUGAAUUCAAACUGCUAUGAAUCUUUGCUAAUACACUGUAAGGAUGCGACUUCUUUUAAUUUAAUUUGACA